UUUUCACCUGACAUUCUCGAUCCAUUCUCCUUUUAUCAUGCGUGCAAAUUAAGCGCGUAUUCGACAUGUGCUUUCUUCAUUUUUAGAAAUCGAAUAAAAAAGGAAUUAUUGCGGCGAGUAUCUUGACGCGAACGUUGGUAAUAUUAUUUUGUCUGAUUUAUCAGUGAGUUUUAACAAUUUCACCAAACCUUCAUCUUCUAUUCUCCGGUAAAUAAUCUUGGAAACUGUUUAUCCGGAACUAAGACUAUAGUACUUAUACCAUGAAAUACAUCCUGGUAACUGGUGGCGUUAUUAGUGGCGUUGGUAAAGGUAUCAUAGCAAGUUCAUUUGGAACCAUAUUGAAAUCAUGUGGAUUAUGUGUGACAGUCAUCAAAAUUGAUCCUUACAUUAAUAUCGACGCUGGAACUUUUUCGCCUUACGAACAUGGUGAGGUGUAUGUUUUGGAAGAUGGAAGUGAAGUGGAUUUAGAUUUGGGCAACUACGAACGAUUUCUAGACGCUACUUUGUACAAUGAGAAUAAUAUCACCACUGGCAAGAUUUACCAAAAAGUUAUCAACAAGGAGAGAAAAGGAGAAUAUUUGGGUAAAACUGUCCAAGUCGUUCCUCAUAUUACCGAUGCUAUUCAAGAAUGGGUUCUAAAUGUGACUAAGAAACCCAUAUACGACGACGGAAGACAACCAGAAGUUUGUAUUAUCGAAUUAGGUGGCACUAUCGGUGAUAUAGAAGGUAUGCCAUUUGUAGAAGCCUUCAGGCAAUUUCAAUUCAAAGUAGGGCAAGAUAAUUUUUGUUUGGUGCAUGUAUCGUUAGUCCCUCAGCCGAAUGCAACCGGUGAACAUAAAACAAAACCUACUCAAAACAGCGUGCGAGAACUUAGACAUCUAGGAUUAUUCCCCCACAUAAUAGUUAGCAGAAGUGAAACUCCAAUUAAUCGUGAAACUCGAGAGAAAAUCUCCGAUUUUUGUCACGUUAGACCAGAAGAGGUUAUAUGCGUACACGAUUUGAGUUCAAUUUAUGAAGUACCAGUUUUCAUCGAAAGUCAAGGAAUCGUGCAGCUAUUCAGUUCUAAAUUGAAACUAGAUAUUAUGAGGUUUCCCAAAUCACCCGAAUUCAUGCAGCAGUGGAGAGAAUUAGCGUUCAAGGUUGAAAAAUUACGAGAUGAGGUGAAUAUUGCGUUGGUUGGUAAAUAUACAAAACUUCAAGAUUCUUACGCUUCUGUAUCGAGAUCUCUACAACAUGCGUCCAUUUUCGCCGGUUAUAAAUUGAAAUUGAUUUACAUCGAUGCAGAAAAUUUAGAAGAAAGCAUGAAAGACGAGAACCCCUUGAAUUAUCACGAAGCUUGGAAAAAUUUAUGCAACAGCCAAGGUGUUGUUGUUCCUGGAGGGUUUGGUAAACGAGGUAUCCAAGGAAAGAUAGCUGCUUGUAAUUGGUGCAGAAAGAAAAAAAUUCCAUUCCUUGGAAUAUGUUUGGGUUUACAAGCGGCUGUUAUCGAAUUCACAAAAAACGUAUUGAAGAAGGAGGAUAUCGCAGAAAGUGCGGAAUUCAAAGACGACGAAAUCCCAACCACUGAGAAACUAUCCAUCCGGAGUGAUGACGAGUCAAAAACUGAAGCCAAAACGAAAGAAGUAUCGAGUAGUGGUGAAAAAGAGUACAUUAUUAUCGAUAUGCCCGAGCAUAAUACUGGUCAAAUGGGUGGAACUAUGCGCUUGGGAAAAAAGAAAACCUUUUUCCAAAAAGAACAUUUGAAUGAUUCGAUAUUAUAUGCUUUGUAUAAUCGCAAAGAAGUCGUCGAAGAAAGACAUCGACAUCGAUACGAAGUGAACAAUAAGUUUGUAAAAGAAUUAGAAGAACAUGGACUCCGCUUCGUUGGUAAAGACGAAAACAAAGUUAGAAUGGAAAUGUUGGAGUUGAAAGACCAUCCUUAUUAUGUAGCAACCCAAUUCCAUCCCGAAUAUACUAGUCGUCCGUUAAGACCAUCGCCACCAUUUAUCGGUCUUAUAUUAGCAUCUUGUGGUAAACUAAAUUCUUAUAUAUCCAAAGGGCGAUUGAGUCCAACCGAUUUGUCUUCGUCGGAUGAAGAUAUUAAAUCUUAAUUUUUGUCUAUAUUGCUAUGAUGCCUGCAUCAAGUAUCUAGGUUUUUACAUAAUAUUUCAGUGUGAUCCGUUUUUAUCUAUUCCAAGUUACGAUUUUAUAUUCUUUUAACUGAUUAUUUUAUAGUUUUCAAUGUAUUGUGAUAAUAUAUUCAGAUUUUUAAU